GUUGUAGCUAUGCGACUCCGUACUCCAUACACCCACCGUCCAUUCUCACGAUCGCUUCCCAUCUUCACCUUCUGCCUCUGCAUAUCCACAUCACUAACCAGCCAGCCAAGGGCGCAGCAGCAGGGCUACCGUACCGCUUGGUUCCCUAGAUGUUUUAUAUGGUAUGGAGGGUUGAUUCAUGGUCGUUUCCUAGCUCCUUUCCUUCUUCAGCUUCUUCCGCUUCUUCUCCUGCUCCUUGUUAGCAUCCACUCUCGGAUACCCAUCCUCGCCUUGUCGCUCCAUGUAUUUGCCUACCUUCCUUAGGUCUACUGUCGUUUUGAUACAUCGCUGCGCGUAUAUAUCUGUCUAUAUCCCCUCUCCGUCGUAUUUUCCCUCGUUCGUCUCCCUUCGACUAGCUUGAAAUCCCGACCGCUCCGCUCCAUUAUCCGUCGACGUGCUAUGCGCAUCGGCGACCGCCCAUUCUCUUCUCGAUGUACCAUCUCCGCCGCUUGACCAUCGCCGCCCUCAUCCUCACCACUAUCGUCUUCACCCUCACCUUCCUGCCCCGCCUGCUCAACCCGGUCCCGCCUAGCAAGGAGAAACGGGAGGCCGACCAGCGAUGGAUCGACACCUCUCCAUACUGGCUGGACCGGCAAGCCUGCCGUUGGUUCAGUCUCUGCGGCCUGCUACAUCUCAAGGCCGAUCCUCCCGCGAGGCCAAAGAAUAAGGAUGGUGGCGGCCAUAGGCACGAUUUGAGACAUAUAAGAGAAGGGAGGGCGUCGGAAGCAACGUCGAUAGGAGGACAGCUGAGAGGGAUUCCGGAAUACGUCCUGACCUACGCGCCGCUUAUCCAUCUUUACUCCCAGGAAUUCUUCUGGCCCUCUGAUAUCGCCGACCAUAUGCAGCAUGUGAUACCCGACCUCAGCGGGGACGACUGGCCUCUCAACGACACUCGGGUCCCGACCCUAGCCAAUCUCCACAAGUUAAGCGUCGAGCUAGGGUUCCGACACCUUAAGAGCAAGGAUGACGUCGAAACUCGUCCGCGGUGGCUUCACAGCAAGGAUAAUAAACCCACCGCCUUCGAUGACGGAUCCAACGACGGUAGCGAUGGGAGCAACGACGGCCCGGACCCGAGCGAGCAGUUGAGCGAGGACACGACCUGGUUCGAUGUGGAUCGGGAGCACCCCUUACGUCGGAUCUCAGACCCUCGGAAGCUACCUGGCGGCAUUCCGAAACAACAGCAGCGGAAGGAGCUAGCUAAGCGGUCCCGAGCCGUCCGUGCCCGCGAGCAGCAUCGGCUCCUAUCCCAGGCCGCGCAGGAUAACCAGAACAAACCCGACGAGUCGGGAUACUCGCGCGCCCCCGUCACUCUCAUUUUGGUGGACAAAGGGUCCGGCAUCGUCGACGCCUUCUGGUUCUUCUUCUACGCCUACAACCUGGGGCAGACGGUCCUAGGCACCCGCUACGGGAACCACGUUGGUGAUUGGGAGCACACCAUGAUCCGGUUCGAGUCGGGCAUCCCGCGCGCCGUCUACUUCAGCGAGCAUGAGGGCGGGCAGGCCUACGCCUGGCGCGCCGUGGAGAAGCAGCGCAGCAACGUGACCGAGGUGCAGAGGCCGGUCAUCUACAGCGCGGUGGGGUCGCACGCGAUGUACGCCACGCCUGGGAACCACGCGUACGUGCUGCCGUUCGGGAUGCUCAAGGAUGUAACGGACCGGGGCCCGCUCUGGGACCCGGCCAAGAACCUGCGCGCGUACUGGUACGACUACGCCGCGGCCGGACGCGGGGUGGGCGCCGGCGACGAAGCAGACGACAAGGGCCUCGAGCCGACGAGCGAGAACCCGAACGCGCCGACGGACUGGUUCCACUACCGCGGCACAUGGGGCGAUGACCUGUACGGGCUCGACGACCAGCGGCAGUGGCGCCUGUUCGGCCAGUACCACUACGUGGCGGGCCCGCAGGGUCCCAAGUUCAAGAACCUCGGUCGCGAGAAGGUGUGCCUCAACUGGAAGUGCCGGAUCAUACACAGCAUCGCCGAAGGCAGGAAGGGGAGCUGGCACUCGUGAGGCGAGGUCGGGUCGCGCAUAUGACGAGACAGCGGAUGUGGGGUUGUACAUAUGAGGUCUUAUUACGUUAGAACUAACCAAGCACUUACAACGGGUUUCCGAGGCGUUCACGGUCACGGCGAUAGAUACCCCUGACCGCGGCAGCGGU